CAUUUCUUGUAAAAAGCGGGGGAGGAACAGCUCAGCUUCGUAGUGCUUCCAGCCUCGUGAAAAGGUGACUUCACGUUAACUGAAGGCUUGGUUUCACGGGACGGACCAUUGGCCUACAAGGUAGGUUUUUGAAUAAUUUUCAGAAAGUAUAAGUCACUGAUACGGAAGAUGGAUGCGAUCUACAACCUGCUUGAUACAUUUAGACUGACUGAGUACUAUAAAAGAUUUCUUGACAUCGGUGUGACCGAUGAGAGGGACUUCAUCGACAGUCUGACAGAGGAGGAUCUAAAGCAAAUCGGCUUGAGUCAAGUGGAGAGGAAUCGCUUUGAAAACCUGAAGGACCGUGUGAGAAGGCUCAGAGCAAGGCCGGACCCAGAGGGCCAUGGACAAGGGGCCGUCAAGAAGAUGGAAGAAUUCUGCAUUCAAUACACAUACCCGCAGUGUCCUGAGCAAAAAUAUAUCCGAGACAUGGAUCCUGCACAGAACACAGUUGAAGAUUUAAUGCUGAGGAUUUGUCAUGUUGAAAAUUUUAAAGGCGUCUGUCUGUACACGGUGGACGGAAUGCCCCUAACCGAUGACCCCUUCUUUAACACAUGGUCCUUAAAAGAAAGACAUAUCAAAAACAAAGAUGUACUGUACGCCAUUUUUACACUCCCUCAGAACCUACAAGCAAACCCUACAAUGAGAAACCCAACAGCUGAAGAAACUGCAGGAGAGCACAAUGUUCGAUGUCACAUAAUGCUCAAGGGAAACUUUGACAUAUCUGUAAACUUGACCACUGACACAAUUUAUAAUUUGAGAAGAAAACUGGCAUUUUACAGUGGAAUCCCUGUCCAUGCUCUACAUUACCAAGGGAACCAUGGUUCAUCUGACACAUUGGAAGAUCUGGGCAUCUCUGAAGACAAAAGAUCAGCAGUGAACUUUUACUUGUCUACUUGUGACGACCAACCACCAAACAAUAUUACGUUGUUCAGUAAUGAUGUUGCUCUGUCUGUGAAACAAACCACAAAAGGGCAGAGUGUAUUCCUCUCUUCGCUGUAUUCUGUGAGAUCAGAAAAGUGUGGAGGGAAUUUCAAAAAGGUGGUUGCUUACAUUCGCCAACUAACUGGCUGUAACCCUCUUGCACAAAGUCUGUACCAGCUGAUCUGCAAGAAUGAGAUUGUAACCAAAACCCAGAAGAUUGCUAUCUUUGAGGGACUGUAUGUGCUGUUUAGAGAACUUUUGCCAAGGCCUGGACAACGCACAGAGGAAAAACCAAUAGAGGACAUGGACGUCUUUGAGUAUUCAACACACUGUUGGGCAUAUCUCAUAACAGAAGCAGCGAAUCAGUCAACGGAGCAUGAAGAAUACACACCUAUGAUUCUGAGUUCAGAGGAAGGACCUCGUUUCUGUGACCCAGUUAAUGUACCUGGAACACCAGUUAUCUUGGAAAAAUCUCAUGUUCUUCAAAAGAUCAGAGAUGGAGAGAAAAUCCCAAACUGCUCUGAGCAAGUUUUGGGGGAAAGUUCACUGAAGAGGGCCAUUGAUAUAGAGAAGAUGCUGCUCAGCCUGCCUCCUUUCAUCACAACAUACUUCUUAUGGCUAACUCACGCUGACAUGCCUGGAGAGAACUUUCAGGUGAAUAUGAAGAAGACUUUUGCCGACAUGACAGAGAAACUGACAGAGUUCCCCUUCCUAAGAGUGACACCUCCGCUCCAACUCAAGGAAGCAGGGCAACCUGGGCCAUUGCCUGUACUUCUGAGUGAAGAUAAUCUCGGCAUUUGUCUGUUUAAAGAUAAAUGCAAGCCACAAGAGAUAAAAGUGUUAAAUUUUCUCAGUGGCAAAGAAGAAACUGUGAAUUUGGAUGAACUUGCACUCAGAACUGGUAAUCUUUCGGAUGGCCAAACAUUUCUUACUUGCAGGACUCCAAAGGAAGCAAUACUGGUGCUGAUGGAUACAAGUUCCUCCAUGGGGGGGAAAUGCUACGGUGAGCUGAAAAUGAGGAAAAUAGACGCGGUAAAGGAGCUAUUUGACUGCUUUGCAACAAGGACCAUGGCCUAUGAUUUCCAUCACGUGAUCGGCCUCGUGAGGUUCGGCAAAGAUGUGAAACUCCUGCAUACAUUUACAGAAACUCUGGAAAAAUUCAAGGAACAUCUGCGGGACCUUAUACCGAAGGGCAAGACUGUUCUGUACGAAGCCCUGCAACAUGGAGUUAAGGAAAUGGAAGGAGUAAAGGAGAGGUUCCCUGAAUGUAGACUCCGCAUCAUUUGUCUCACAGAUGGAAGCGAUGUUGGAUCCAAGGUAAAACCUGAAACAGUUGCAGUAAAUCUGAUUACAUCCAACAUCAUUGUGGAUUCUAUCCUCCUUGGAAACGUGGCAAACAACACACUUCACGGAAUCAGCAACGCCACAGGGGGUUGCUGUUUCAAGCCAAAAACAAGCAAAGAAGGCCUCAAACUUUUUGAAAGUGAGACUGUUCUUUCUUUGGAAAUGAGAAAACCCAAGAAAAAGCUUGAUCCAUUGUCCAUCACAAGUGAGACCGUUUUAAGAAGCAUCUUUGCACAACACGGCUAUGAUGAGCUCCCAGAGACCUCUCUGCCAAGCGAGUUUAACAACAAAGUGACCGCUGCAAAGAAUUCCUUAAAAACGAAGAAAGGACAAACGUUAAUGAAGAAGGACAAACGUGUACUAGAGGAGUUGAGAAGCCUGCAUUGUGACCCUCAUCCCUUCAUCGACAUCUUCCCAUCCGAGUCAGACUUCACGUUUUGGAAGAUUCUGAUGCAGGGUCCCCCUGACACGCCAUAUGCGAAUGGCACCUUUGAGCUGUACUGUCAGUUUGGUCCGGAUUACCCCGUGAAACCUCCAACAAUCCGCUUUGUGACAGUUAUGUACCACUGCAAUAUCAACAGUUCUGGACGGAUAUGUCACAACAUAUUUGACCGUGGCUACAACGCCCAUAUCACCAUGAAGGAGAUCCUAGAGGCCGUUUAUGGACUGCUCAUCGCCCCUGAGGCUGAAGAUCCACUAGACAGCAUUUUGGCGGAGAAAUUCCUAUCCAGCGAGGAGGAGUACAAACAAGAAGCUAAGGACCAUACCGCGAAAACUGCAGCCAAGUCCUUCAAUGAAAAGGAGCAGGAAUUGGUCGGCUCUGUUGGAGAUAACACACCCAGUCAUCUGAAAUGUCCACUCAGUCUGAGGAUUUUUGUGGAUCCCGUUAAAACAAACAAUGGAGACGUCUACGAGCGACUGUUCAUUGAAGAACACCUUAAGAAAACAAUGUUCGAUCCAAGGAGGGGGGCAGGCUAUCCGCUUCAGAUGAGUGAUCUCAAACCAGAUCCAGAUAUGAAGAACAUGGUGAAGAAACAUAGAGUAUUUCAGCUUCAAUAACAAGUGACUUAUUUGGCACCCAGCAGACAUUGAAGAGGCAGGCAAGCCCUCGUGGCUUAUUUUAUAUUGAUUGUUUUUAACAUUUUUAUGAUCCAACAAUUCUAAUUGUACAUCAUUACUUAUUACUUUACUUAAGGUUAGGGUUAAGGGUAGGGCUUUAUAAAUCUUUUAAAUCAUAUUUGUUAUAAAUGUACCUACUUUCAGAUAAGGAAAUACAGUAAUAUUACCUAAAAUCAGACCUUACUUUGGAACUAUUGCUGGCGAGAAGAAAUAUGAUUCACAAUCAUAUGUAUCAGUUUAUGGUCUGCUAGCUUAAGCUUAAAUGCAAUUGUCUAUUAUACAAAUGACAACAUUCCAUGUGAAUUAUUUCAGUAUAUAAACCAUAUUUAGAGUGUGUGCUUGAAAUUUGCAGGAACCGCAAUCUAUAACUAAUAGUGCUUGGUUGCAGCUCAUGUACCAAAGUACUAGAUCCUGCAUCAUAUGGAUGUAACACAAGCUAGUCGUUGAUUUCAUUAGUACUCUAUGUGUAAUACAAUUGGAUUUUUUUAUAGUAAUGCUGAGUGGAAGCCUACAGAUAUUUAUUGAUUAAUUAACGGAUAAUCAAAUAAUGCUUAUUUUAUAUUGACAUUAAAACAAAUCAUUGAACAUGUUUUUUUCAGGGCAGAUCUAUUUUUGAUCACCUGAGGCUAGUUGAGGUUACUGCAUUUAUUAUUGAUUAUAUCCUUAAUUUCAGUAUCUUUUGUUGUUUUUAUUGAGGGUUAGAGGUUAGACUUCCAAUUAGACAGCAGGAUUAAACCUACGUUCAAGUAACCUUUGUUUUCUUGUAUGAUUCCAACCAUGCCAAAUGGUUGCCAUUGAGUAAAAAUUGAAUUUGAAACAUGAAAUUGGAUUAUGCAGUUUUGUAAUGUGAAAUAUAUAUAACCCUAAUAAAGUCCAAGUUUGCAAACAAAGAUAAUA